ACCUUUCCGGGAGGGUAGGAACUUCCGGAAACCAAUUUCGCGGCGGGAAGAACAGCUGGGUUAUAUUCUGUGGCGAUCAAACCUGCGGCCUGUGCAAUGGAGGAGCAGCCGCCGGAGAGGUCUGAGGCCGGGGCUGAGGCCUGCGGAGAGAAGCGGGGUCUGUCGCAGGCCGCGGAGGAGAGCAUCGAGGACCGCAUCAGCCUGCUGCUCAGGCUGAGAGCUCAGACAAAACAACAGCUCUUAGAAUAUAAGUCCAUGGUCGACACAAAUGAAGAAAAAACUCCAGAACAGAUUGUGCAAGAAAAACAGAUCGAAGUUAAAAUUGAAGACCUGGAGAAUGAAAUUGAAGAUGUAAAAAGUAAUAUUGAAAUGAAAAGUCUUGCACUGAGCAGGAUGAAACUUUCAGUUGCACUUCGGGAUAACAUGGAGAACAUGGGACCUGAGAAUUGUGUGCUCACGGAUGACAUGAAGCACAUAUUAAAGCUACAAAAGUUAAUAAUGAAGUCCAAGGAGGAGUCUUCAGAACUGGAGAAAAAGCUGCUUGAUGUCAGAAAGAAGAGACUACAACUAAAGCAAGCUUCAAGAAGUAAGCUUUUAGAAAUACAAACCGAGAAGAACAAACAGAAAGAGGAUGUCGACAAGAUGGAGAAUUCUGAAACGAUAAAGACCAUGAAAAAAAAACUACAGACGGAAAUAAAGAUCACUACAGUUGUUCAACAUACAUUCCAGGGCCUUAUUUUGGCGAGUAAAACCAACUGGGCAGAGGACCCUGCCCUCAGAGAGACAGUGCUGCAGCUGGAGAAGGACCUCACACGCUAUGAGAAGAAUCCCACAGUUUAAAAUUGGUUUUGUGGCCAAUCUGUCCUUAAAUAGCCGAGUUCAGGGGAAAUGUAAAUGGUGUUUUUGGAACCA